AUGGAGCUGAGCUCAGUGUUCGUGACCACUGGAGGCUCCGUGGGCUUUUUCUCGCUUGUGAACGCGGGAGUGGGAAGGAUGCUCGUGCCAGAAUCUGUCUGUGGAAAUGCGUCGAAGUGGAGAAACAUCUGCCAGUCCUUCGUCCACAGCCUGGUCACUGCCAUAUGGGCAGUACUUUGCUUUUUUCUUCACCCUCAAAUGGCAGAGGAUUUGAUAGAGACUCACUCUGUGUUUUCUCACAUGUUGGUGUCUUUUUCAAUUGGUUACUUCAUCUAUGACUUCCUUGAUAUGGUCCUGAACCGAAAGCUAUGUCAGAGCUGGGAGCUGCUCUUUCAUCACAUGGUGGUGAUCACCUGCUUCAGCCUCUCGGUGCUGUCAUUUCGCUACAUUGGCUUUGCCGUGGUGGCUCUGUUGGUGGAGAUUAACUCUGUGUUUCUACACAUGAGGCAAAUCCUGCGCAUGGCCGGGCUAGCCACAAGUACCGUGUACAGAGUCAACAGCAUGAUCAACCUGGGCACGUACGUAGUGUUCCGUAUUAACACACUGGCCUGGAUGACCCGCUGGCUGGUGGUCAAUAGGGACAAGGUACCCCUCAUGGCCUAUACCCUAGGCAGUGUGGGUAUGGCCAUCAUGACAGUCAUGAACAUCGUUCUGUUUUACCGGCUGCUCAGGAGCGACUUCCUGAAGAGUACCACCCGGGAGACCAAGAAGGAGAAGGAGAUGUAGACGUGACAGAUUUUAUAAAUGUGUCCUUGAGAUUGGGUAAUGAUUGCGCCAAAGUACACAGUAUGUUUCUUUUCUCACCUACAGAUACACAGUGCUCUCUCACACACACACACACACACACGCACACGCACACACACACACACACACACACACACACACACACACACACACACACACACACACACUGUUCAUGAAAAGCUGAAGUUCCAAAAACUACCUUUGUUACACACUUGUAGUAGUCUUAAUUUGUAUUUUUGGCAUCUGUGCUUGUGUUCAAGUCAUCAUGGAUGUUGGGUAUUUUUUUGAAUGUUACCAAACGCCUUAUUAUUGUACCGGGUGUCUUAGUCUUUAUGUUCUCAGAUAUAUCUGACAAGUGAUGAAGCACUGUAAAACAAAUAGCUACACACAAUAAUAUAAGUACUUAAUACAUUCAUAUCAAAAGAAUUAUUAUAUAUGUAGAUACACACACAGUUUUGUGGGUUAUUUAUUAUUGCUAUGUUUGCCUUAAAGUGGGAUUUAUACUACAGUACAUUAAACAUGGAAAUCUCCAUCAAAACUUUGUUUUUCUACAACUCAUUAAAUAAGCUAAACUAUUACACUGGUUUUCUAGGUGUUCAGACUGUUUUGAAAUUUAAAAGAAAGGGUGCUGUGCAGAUAUUUUAGGUCCAGUUCAUGUGCUAAGAACCAAAUAACCAAACACUCUCAAUACCUACUGGAAGUAAUUAACAUGUUGGAAAGUUUUUUUUUUUUGAGAUUGAAAUGCAUUUCUUUUGUGGUUAGUUGCUGAUGAUGUUAAAUCAAUUUGAAUUUAAUGUGUUUUUUUUCCCGUCAAUUUAUUAGAGUGAUGAUUGGCAACUGUUUUGUUUUGUACUGAGCAGUAGACUACAAAAGUAAGUACUACCUUAAACUUUUGGUUUAAGGUACUUAAGAAGGUAUUUAUGAAGGGCUUUGCAAGUCCCUGAAAUGAUUAAUUGAUUGUCAACACAAGUGAUUAUUACUCUUUCUUUUUCAGUGGGCACUCAAUUCAUCAGGUUAGCAUGCUAAAUUAGCCGUUGUUGGCUAAUGGGUCUUGCAUUCUGAACUUGACAUAAUAGACGAUUGGUUUAUUCAGUAAUCAUGUCUGUAUGUACACUAUUCUUCAGCAAAGAGGCCAAAAACAGUCAUUUAACUCUGAAGAAGUACAGUUUUUCUUUAUGGCAGCGCCAUACUGCCAUCGUGUCCAGUUCUGGACUCUGAAGUCAUGUCUGAGUUUCUCAGUCAGUCUUCUGACCUCACGAAGGGUCUGCUUUUACUUGUCGUAACGAGUAGUAGGAAAUUCAAAGCUCCCGCUUCAAGACGGACAUGGCAAUAGUUUACUGUGGAAUGAAGAAUUGACGGCAUUUAAACGUCUUUUGUUGAACUUGUUUUCUAAAACUAACACUUCCAGAUUGCCUCAACUAAACACCAGCUGCUAACUCAGAUAGUUUGUAACGGCUCUUUGCUGCUUUUCUAACUCAGUUUUUCAUUUCACUGUUUAGCACAAAGAAAGAAUUUUGGUGGAGUGAUCUGCAGUUAUAAAAUUUAGAAAAUUAGACUGAUAAAUAAUAAAAAACUUUGUUAGGGAGUUUUUUUUUUGUUGUUUUUUACUUGUUUUGUCAAAGGCUUAUAGUAAAAAGCGUGAUGUCGCUCGGUAAUUGUAAGCAGCGCCGCGGGAGCAACACUCAACUAGAAUCUAUCUCAAGAAGAAAUCUUAUUCACAAUAAUUACAGUUUUGGGGAGCAUUUAAAAUGAGGCUUACAUAUCUCAUUAGCAGGAAGUGACAGGGGUAAUAAACUGGGCAAAACAAAUGAGCACAUUAGGGUUUGAUUGUUUCAUGAACUUAAUACAAUUGUUAACAUUACACAGGGUGACCAAAAAACCUCUAGGCCACUAUCACCUCUGACUAAAUCAUGCUUAAAUGACCGUAGCAAAAAAUGCUGAAUUCCACUGAUGGCAUAUUGUUGGUUUGUGCACGUUCACAUGGCCAAUGUUCUGUUGGUGCUAGCUUUCAGACACUAAAGAUAAACACACGUUAUUCUUCAUUUGCCCUGUAGAGGUCAGCAUAUUGCAUUAUAUUGGAACUAAAUCUGUGAGUUUAUUUGAAGCUUUUGGCUCAGAUGCUUGCAGAGACUCAUGAUGAUGAUGAUGAUGAUGAUGAUGAAGAAGAAGCCCCUGGGCUCCAUAUGUGUGUCACAGCAAUACAGACUUUACACUGCGUUGAAAUGUUCUCCGCUGUUCACCUUGUUGACUUCUGUUUGGGACAUCUUGUUAUUCAGGGUUUGCCAUAUUUAUGAUUUAUGUGCUAAAAGAAGUUGUGGAUUAAGCAGGAAAUUAUGAAAUAUAUUCACAUAGCUGACUUGUUGUGCUGAAUGCAGUUCUGCAGGUUGCAUUGUUGUGGGAACAACAACCUGCACAUGCUUAUUUCAAACCAGCUGAAAUAACCUUUGUCUUACCUCAGCCAGACACCAACACCAAGUCCUAAAAGCAGACUCUUUAAUCUACAGCUGAAAUGAUUUGAUUGAAGAAGCUGAAUCAGCAGCUGCACAUUUUUCACUUCACACCUCUCAAAAGUGAUUAUUUGAUGCUUUUUCCCCCUCCUCUCUUUCAUUUCACAACCAGACAUUUGAACACAUCACAUCAUAUUUUUUCCAUUUUUAUGACACUAUGUAAAAGAAAGGGCUACAGCAAUCUGAGAUUUGACCCCAAAGACCUUGAUCUCCACCAAAAUGAUUGACCUCUGGCUGACCUUGCCUAGGAAAUUCUAGAAUUCCCUUAAAUAUGUGCCACAGUUGGUCAAAAUUGGGUAAAAAUCAAAUUCCAUGACACUUAAGUUUGUCAGAAUGAAUCCUUUAAGGGCAGUUUUAGGUCAACUGUCACUGACAUAUCAAGAUUGUUAGAAAUAACUAAAAGAACCGAGGAGGAGG